CGAGAAGGUGAGAUCUUAUAAUUUUAGGUUGUGUUUGGUUGACCAUGGGAACAGACCACUGAAACUUUUCUAGCAAUCAACAUUGCCACCUGACAAUGUAAAGAACCAAUUCAAGUAAUGCCAAACCCUAGUAUAUUUCCAAGAUCUGACUGAAUCUUUCACUUGCUGAGCUAAAAAGACAUAUGAAUGCAUCAUAGUGUACCUUUGGAUCAGUGCUGUUACGACCAGAACCAGCAAGAGCAACACCACUGAUUGGAAAAAAAAAAAAGAACAGGUUGUAGAAAGGUUUGAGAUUUAUUACCUAACUCCCAACCAGUAAUUUUUCAACAAUUAGUGUUUUUCUUUUUUAAUUAAUUAUAAACCUCUGUGGAGCUCAAAAAUUCAGUAAAAAUGUUAAAAAAAUUAACAUAAAGCCAAGGGAAAGACAAUAGUCAACAAACACCCUAGUACAAGUUCUUUCCAAGCACGUGCCGAGCUAGCCACACGAGUAGACUCUGAAACCAAUAAAAGAAUGCCACGAGUACAAUUUUUCCUCUCCACGUUCGUAAACUCGAACCGCCCUAUUGCUAUUUGCUAUUUCUUGAUUUUCUUCUCCUCUCGCAUAAAUAGGAAGCUUAGGGUUUUUCGCUCUAGGGUACCCGGUAGAAAUAUCUCCUUUUUAACAGUUUUUGAAAUUAGGGUUAUUGAGAUCAAUUUCAGGGCGUCUUUGGAUUAGGAAUUUAGGGUUUCAAUUUCGAGACGAUGCCUCCACGAGUGGUCAAGAGAGGAGCAGCGGCUGGAGGGCCGAAGAGGGCGGGGAGAGGUGGAAGAGUGGCGGGAAAGCAGCAGAAUUCGCUGCAGCAAGAGGCAGUGAAGGUGGAGAAAGUCCAGAUCGAGGAGAAGCCAGUUGUUGAGGAGAAGCCGGUGAUCCAACAGAAGCCUGUUGUUGUCCAAGAAAAACUUGGGGUUUUGGCUAAUGGGCCCUUGGAUUCUGGUCCGGGAGCUGGAGCUGGAUCUAGAUCGGAUACGCAGAGUGCCGUUGUCGUGAAAAAGGAAGAAGAGGUGAAGGAGACUGGAGAUGAAUAUGAAAAAGAUGAGCGCUUAGAGCUCGAUGAUAAUGAACCUGAGGAAUAUGGUGGUGAUUAUGAUGAUAAGGAAAUAGAGCAAGAGGAUGUUCAGGAGGAGGAGGAAGAGCCUGAGGAAGAGCUCGAGGAGGAGGAAAUUAUAGAUGACGAGGAGGAGGAUGGCGAUAUGGUAGAAGAGGAAAUCAUCGAAGAGGUUGCUGAAGAAAUUGAGACUGAAGAGGAACCAGAGCGUGCUAGUGAGGAACCAGAGCAUGCGGAGGUUUAUGUGGAGGAAGAGGAUCACCAUGAUGUUAUUAAGGAGAGACGCAAACGCAAGGAGUUUGAAGUAUUUGUUGGGGGUUUGGACAAGGAUGCUACCGAAGAUGAUAUUAGGAAAGUUUUUAGUCAAGUUGGUAAAGUUACUGAAGUUAGGCUGAUGAUGAAUCCUUUGACCAAAAAGAACAAAGGUUUUGCGUUCUUGCGUUUUGCUUCCGUUGAACAGGCAAAGCGAGCGGUUACAGAGUUGAAACACCCGGUGAUCAAUGGUAAACAAUGUGGUGUCACUCCCAGUCAAGACAGUGACACACUUUUUCUGGGUAAUAUAUGCAAGACAUGGACAAAAGAAGCUCUGAAGGAGAAACUCAAACAUUAUGGAGUCGACAACGUUGAUGAUAUCACUUUGGUAGAAGAUAGUAACAAUGAAGGAAUGAAUCGGGGAUUUGCAUUUUUGGAAUUUUCGUCUCGUUCAGAUGCCAUGGAUGCUUUUAAGCGCCUUCAGAAGAGAGAUGUUUUAUUCGGUGUUGAUAGACCAGCAAAGGUUUCUUUUGCUGAUUCGUUUAUCGACCCUGGUGAUGAGAUCAUGGCACAGGUCAAGACCGUGUUUAUUGAUGGACUGCCUGCUUCUUGGGAUGAGAAUCGUGUGCGUGAGCUUUUAAAGAAAUAUGGGGAGGUCGAAAAGGUUGAGCUUGCACGGAAUAUGCCAUCUGCUAGGAGAAAUGAUUUUGGUUUUGUUACAUUUGACUCUCAUGAUGUUGCAGUGACAUGUGCAAAAAGCAUAAACAACGCAGAGUUAGGUGAAGGAGACAACAAGGCUAAAGUCAGGGCCAGGUUGUCAAGGCCGCUUCAGAGAGGCAAGGGAAAACAUGUGAGUCAUGGAGAUUUUCGUAGUUUGCAAGGGGCUGGUAGAGUUGUGAGGGGUCCAUAUGGUCGCCCUGGCCCUGCGCCUCUUAGCUUAUCAGGGCGUGGAGUGAGAGGAAUUGGAAGCCGCCUCUCCCCUGUAAGCGUGAAGAGGCCCAUUGCAAUGAGAGACAGGCGCCCUCCUGUUAUGUCAAUGCCAGCAAGAGGCAGGCCGUUGCCUCCUCCUAGGUCCUAUGAGAGAAGACCUCCUGCUCCAUCAUACCCAAAAAGUAGCCUUAAGCGGGACUAUGGCCAGCGUGAUGAGCUUCCACCUCCCAGGAGCAGAGUUGCAAUAGAUUAUGGUUCCAGGGCAGCUGUGGAGAGGCGCCCACCAUCAUAUAGGGAUGAGUACUCACGCAGCUCUGGCUAUUCUGAUAUACCUAGAAGUACUUCCCGAACUGUGGCAAGGAGAGCUUAUGUAGAUGAUGGCUAUAGUCAGAGCUUUGAAAGGCCUCCUCCAAGUUAUCGUGAAGGUCGUGCCCGUGAUUAUGACUCCAUAUCUGGGUCAAAACGGUCGUAUUCUGCAAUGGAUGACGUUCCUCACCGAUAUUCUGAUUCGACUGUCCGCUAUUCAAGGGCUCGGAUGGACUAUGAACUUGGUAGUGCAUCCCAAUAUGGGGAUGCAUAUGGUGAUAGCAGACCUGGGCGGUCUAAUAUGGGAUAUGGCAGCAGCCAAGGUUCCAUGUCAAGUCAGGAUUCACGUGGGGUGUAUAGCAGUCGUCAGGGCAUGGGUUAUGGAGGAGGUUCUUAUGGUGGUGGUGGUGGUGGUGGUGAUUCUGGAAUGUACUCAUCAAGCUACGGCGGUGAUUACAUGUCUCGUGGACAUGAUGUUGGUGGUAGUUCUUACUCAUCACUGUACUCUGGUCGUGGUAUGGGUGGCAGCAGUUAUAUGGGCAGUGGUGGUUCCGGUUCAUACUAUUGACCUUUCUGAAGAUACUCACAUCUGUUUGAUUAUACAAAGAGGUUUGAAUGGAAAUAAUGGAGCAUUAUGGUCACAAGUGAAUUUCUUUAUGGAACAGAUUUGACAUGACAAAAGAGGCUGCUGUAGGAUUUGCUUUAUCUGAAGACUGCUUGAUGUCAAGCAUAAUAUCUCUGUAUAUCUGGGGAAAAAGAUUUAGUGCAAAGUUAUUUAUCAAAAUGGGAGUGCCUAGGUUGGUUCAAACCAUAAAGAGAUCUACAGACUGGUUAUCUUAUUGAGACUUAUUUGUUAGGAAUGAAAAAGAGAAUCUUUGAGUGUAUAUUAUGUAUGAAUUUCAUCUCUUUUCUUAAGGAACUCCAGCUGGUGGACUGUGGACAUAGCAUUGCACUGCAUCAGCCAUUUAAAUGGACACAGUAUGUAACGGAAUUGAGAUGUUUCUCUAUAUAUGCCUCAAGGAAUAUUUAGACUUUUUGGCUAUGUUGAAUUGAUUGGAUUGAUUUCUGGUAA